CGACGAAACGUCAAGUGGGAGUCGGCGAAUCUAUGAUGCACGAUUGUAUCCGUGAUGAUGUCGCGGUUGUAUUGUGCCGAAAUCUGUCGAUGCUGAGGAUCGGAGUAGUGUAAUAUUGUGAUUAUCGAGGGCGAGAAUUCUCACGGUAGAAUUUUUAUCGAGAUGACGCGCAGGACUCUAGUACGAUAACUUGUAGUUUCAUUCCCGGACCCUUUCGUUAUCCAUUUGACAUUGUCAUGUCGUAUCCUGGUCAACCACCUAUGGGUAUUCCAGGGAUGCCCCCAAUGCCAUAUAUGGUUGGUGGACCUCCGCCAAUUAUAGGAGGAGUCAUGCCUAUGGCACAUAUGAUUCCAACACCCGUAUCUGCGAUGCAGACAUCUGCGCCGGCCGUGCGUUACUCGCGGAAUCAGAAUCGCCAUGACAACAACCGAAGACGCGAGAGGGAAUCCGGUCCACCUGUUACGGUGUUCAUCGGUAACAUAAUGGACAGAGCGCCUGACGUGAUGAUACGACACAUUCUGGGCGCGUGUGGACACGUUCUUUCCUGGAAGAGGGUACAGGCGUUCGGUUUCUGCGAAUAUGCUGGUCCUGAUGCGGGUCUCAGAGCGGUUCGAUUACUCCAUGACAUGGAAAUAGGUACCAAGAAGCUCGUUGUCAAGGUAGAUGCUAAAGCCAAGGUAGUCCUGGAUCAGUUCAAAGCUGAGCGAAGGAAGAAACUCAGGGGUGGUCAGUCGCCUUUGCAAGACGAGACAUCUGGCGAAGGAGCCGAUGGCGAAGAAGGUGAAGAUUAUAUGGACGAAGGUAUGAGAGUGGUUGAUACGGAUGCGCUCAAUCGUAUCCAUCAGAUCAUUGCCGAACAUGCUGCGGAUUUAGAAAUGGCCCAGGUUGCUCCAGAAGAACAUCAGACAAAAAUGGUAGCUAAGUCCUUAAACUUGGAUGACGCGGAAAUAGAAGAGAGCAAAAGAGAUUUGAUCACUCGGGAAAUUGGCAAAUUUCGGGAAGUCAUGAAGAAGCAGGAGGAGGAGAAGGCCCAAGUGAAGCGAAAGAAGGAGGCCGUCGAGAAGGAAGAGCGCGAAAAGCGGGAGAAAGAGCGACGUGAUAAACGCGACGACGAUGUUUCUAACAAGGAGGAUCAGGAUGGAGAACUUGGUAGUCCUACGUCUCAUAAAGGUCGUAGUGAUAGUACAGGCAGCAAUAGAAGGGACAAGCGUCGUUCUAGAUCUAGAUCUAAAGAACGUGACAGAGAUCGAUCGAGAAACGAGCGAGAUCGGGAUCGAGACAGAGACCGUGAAAGAGACCGAGAGCGGGAACGGGAGCGGGAUCGGGAUCGCGAGAGGGAACGCGAGCGGGAACGCGAGCGAGACAGGGAGAAGGAGAGGGACCGGGAACGCGAGAGAGAACGAGAACGGGAGCGUGAGGAGGUGAGGAAGACCGAGAGAGAGAUUAUGCGCGAGAGGGAGGAGGAGGAGGAGGCGAAGGAGAGGAAGAAGAACGAGAGGCGAGCCAGAGAGAAGGAGGCGGCGUACCAGGAACGUCUAAGGGCGUGGGAGACGCGCGAACGACGUAAGCAGAAGGAGUACGAGAAGGAGGCCGAGAAGCGUCGCGCGAAAUGCGAGGCCAGAGAGAGGGAGGCGAAACGUCUGAAGGAAUUCCUCGAGGACUACGAUGACGAUCGCGACGACGCCAAGUAUUAUAAGGGCAAGGAGUUGUCUCGCCGGCUCGAGGAACGAGCGCUAGAAGCCGAGGCGGACUCGAGGGACCGUUGCGCGGAACGCCAGGAACUUCAGCGUCUACGCGACAAGUUAUACGCAGAUGCUUCUAAUCCAGAUCCUGCCGCGGAAUUUGAAAGGUUGAAAGCCGAAAGGGAGGAACAAUAUAAGCCUAAACCAGUGAUCACUAUAAUCGACGAAGAGGAUGACAAGGCGGCGAAGAAGGACAAGGAAAUAAUGCCGCCGAUAGAAACCGAGCCAAUAGAGAGUGAUAGUGACGAUGGUGUGCAAUUUGAUGAAGUUUCUCAACCGGAAACACCAUCCAGAACGCCACCGCGACAUCAUCAUCAUCAUCGUCGGCAUCAUAGACAUCAUCAGAAUCAUCAUCGCGACGGCGAGGAGACUCAAGAGGGACUCGCAGAAGCAGAUCGAGAGAGCCUAAAGGAUGCACGACCUUCCCCCGCGCAUCAAGCAGCCGCGACGCCCGCUCAAUCCAUUCCGCCUUCAAUGGAUGAAGAUUCACGCAUGUCUCUUGUCAGUGAACCGGAAAAGACAAGUGGCAGCAACUUUGUUCCGUUUGCUAUGGGAAGCGGAGGCAAUCGCGCUGGCGAUCACGGUAUAGGCGGUAAAACACCGGUCAGCCCUAAUGCCGCUGUUAAUACGAAUUCACAACAACCGAAUCAAACGCGGAAAAAAGGCCGCAUCGAUGUUAAAGACGUUUUCAAUAACGAUGAUGACGACGAUGCCACCAAUAAUGCGAAAAAACGUAAACUUGUACCUUUAGAUUACGGCGAUGAAAAGAAAAAGAAAACUGAAGAAGCCACGAAAGCAGGGAAGGAAGAAAGUACAAAAAGCCAGGAAGAGAAACGGAAACAUAUAAAAUCUCUAAUAGACAAAAUACCCACUGAUAAGAACGCACUAUUUGGUUAUCAACUCGAUUGGGCACUUAUUGACAACACAUUGAUGGAGAAGAGGAUAAGACCUUGGAUCAAUAAAAAAAUUAUCGAAUAUAUUGGUGAACCAGAACCUACCUUAGUGGAUUUUAUUUGUAGCAAAGUAAUGGCGGGUAGCUCUCCUCGAAUACUUGACGAUGUACAGAUGGUAUUAGACGAAGAAGCGGAAGUAUUUGUAGUCAAAAUGUGGAGGUUAUUGAUUUACGAAGUGGAAGCCAAGAAGAUGGGCUUAGUAAAAUAAACGGAGUGUCGUCCGAAACUUCAUCAAUUCAAGGUUUAUACUACACAUAAAUUUCUUUUUUUUUAUUACAAAUGUUUAUAGAAAUUAAAUACCUAUAUAUUGCUGCAAUUUACUAUCGUACUAUCGUAGGAAUCUUUUCCUAGACAAAACACAAGUGUCGCUCGAUCAAUAGGUGGUACUAAGUGUGUAGUAUAUAUAAUUAUAGCAUUAAAUAUGAAACUUGUAAAAUUACGAUUUAUAUAUAUUUAGUGUUCUUCAAUUUGUAUGUGACUGUCGUCAGACGGGUAAAUGAUGUGAUUCCUACACGAUAAAAAAAAUUAAAUAAAAUAUUGAUAUCUUGAUAUACAA